AUGGACCCCCACGACAGUGACGUGGACGGGAGCGUUGUGAGUGUCGCGGCGGGCCGCCGCCACGUGAGCGAGCGCGCGCGCGGCGCGCGCGCGCGGGGCGGGGCGGGGGGAGGGGAGGGCGAGGCGCGGGGGCGUCCCCGUGUGCCCGGGGCCCGGGGGGCUGGCGACGCGGGGGACGGCGUGCUGCCUGGGUGGCCAGGUGCUCUGCGCCAACUGCCUGCGACUGGCCGGCCUGUGGCGAGUAGGCCUUAUUUCGCGCUUGCAAGUGCUUUUGGCAAGCAGCCGCACACAUGGAACGAGUUGAUAAACCGCGAAGUUUCAAUGUCUAAUCAGAAGGACGUUGUCGAUCAGUGA